AUGUCUCAAAACCUUUCGCCUUCAGGAAGCACUCAGAGCCAUGGCAGCUCCGGGCCACGACUAGCGAGCUUUGAGAAAGUCAGAGUUAUGGCUAAUUACUUGGAAUUGUCUGCUUUGGAGUAUAUUCAGAGAUGCUCUAGCGAUUCAGGUUUGCAGUUAGAUGAUUCAACUAUGCCUCUGUUUUAUAUCUUGAGCUGCUGGAAAUUACUUUGGUGUCUGUCAAUUAAUGAGCUAAUAGGUGAGAGCUUGAGAAACAUGAUUGAAGAAAGUUUUACAUUUAGAACUGAUAUUGGGAAUACUGAAAAUGGAUAUAGAAAGCUAUUAAGCAUUCCAGAAAUGACAGAAGGCGAAGUUUCAAGAUAUGCUAUGGCGUAUUCUCCAAUUUUUAGAGUUGUAUUAGGGGUAUUGAGAUGGCUGAGAUGGGAAUCAAGAGUAAACCCAUAUAAGCAGAACGACAUAGUAUUCAAGGAUACUUAUUACAUGGAUUACCCAGAGUCAAGGAUUUUAUGGAAGAAUUUGGGAAAUCAUAGACGGUUUUAUAGUUUGGAUUGGGCACUAAAUGUUGACAAGUCAGCGAUUUCUCAAUCAGAUAGGGAAGAUGUCGAGGAAGUAUUUAAGGUAGCUUUUAUGUUGUUAAGGAAAGGUUGUAGGAUGCAUCUAGACACAUUUCUCAGAGAAAGAGCAAAGGCUCACUGGCUUAUAUGCCUUAUGGAUGGGAUGGACUCAUAUCUCUAUCCAGAGAAACAAAGUGACCAUUUUGUGGACCUUUCUAACUUUAUAGAAAUUCUCCCCAAAGUUGACGAUAUGUGGAUUAAUUACAAUGAAGGGGAUGACGAGAUGGAGUUGGAUGUAGUUUCUGCAGGAGCAGUAGGUGAAGGCCAAUUUAUGGAUUCUAUGAGUUCAAUAAACAAAGAAUUGGCUUUAAACGAUACUUUGUUUAAGGCAUCUUUCGAAUUUGUUGACCUAAUGGAAAGGAGUUUAAUAUUUCCGGCUUUUGAAGAUUCCCCAAACUCUGGGAGUGAAAUUGAGGGGAAUAUAAACAGACCACUACUUUUUCGUUUUCUGAGACAGUUAGUUUCUGAAAACAGGAAGAUGAACCCAAAACUGGGAAACAAAUUAGGAGAAUGGGAACUUUCAUUUUACUCGAUUUUGUGUGGAGACUUCGAACAACUUUAUUCUAUGGCAGGUGACGACUUUGACAAGCUGUUUGCACUUUUCCAUACUGAAAAGACCAAUAUAUUUAAUGGCUGGGCAGACUUUUUGGAGUCCAGAACUCAGUCAGGGAGAAAUCACAUAUUCCUCGGAAAAACAUAUCCUAAGAAAAAACUGGAGAACGCUUUGUUGAAUAGACUUGAGCUCCUAACCCGGGAUUUGUAUCCAGAACUUACAGGUAGCUAUUUACCGGAGGACUGUGAAUCUAUUUCAGAAUAUAACUUGAUAAAGAGCAUUCAAACAAAGAUAGAGUCGGAAUAUACUUUGGGGUCAAGCGAAGAUGAUGAGACACAUAUUAUUGGUUACAAUAGCAGUUGCUUUUGUUAUGACCAAGAUACCAAAGGUGUAGUUAAUAUGAUGGAACUAGAGAGACAGUUAAUUGAUUCUCUUAUCGACUCAAUAAUGUGCUUAAAUUUUGAAAAAGAUAAAACCUCGAUUGAGAGCCAUUUCUUCCAGGUUUAUUUGGGAAUAAUUGUCUCAACACUGAAUACUAGAGAACAUGGAAGUGAUUUAAUCCAAGCUCUUGAAGAAUUUAUGAAUUAUAUUUCAACAUUAUCAAAUGAUACUCCAACUCUUGGCUCUCUUAAAGCUUUUAUUUCUCAGAUGACAGUUGCUCAUCUUGAAAUUGAAAGCUCUCUAAAACAUGACAUCAGAAAUUACUCAGUAAGUAUUUUUGAUGAGUUUAUUCUGGCUUCUUUGCCUUCCAUGGACUAUUUUGAUACUUUGGAACCUUCUCAAGCCAGCAUUCAAUUAGAAGUCCUCUCUGACUCCAUUUCUAUACAUCCACUACAUAAUUUGUCUGAAAGCCUAAAAGACAGGUUUGUCUCACAAUAUCUAAGCUAUAUUCUUGAGAAUAACAACCGUUCCCUGGAUGUGUUUCUGAUAAUGAUAGAGUAUUCUUCCGAAACAUGUAGGUUGGAGUAUAUUCGUAAAGUAUUAUCAACUCAUCAGAACAAUCUCGAUAUUCCAAGUUUUCAGAAAUUAGUCUAUAAUCUGAUUAAUCAAUUUCCUAGAGAAACUAUGCAAGUUACUAUGGCUCUACAAGACCAAAUAUAUGGAGAAAUCCAUACAUUACUUGGCAAAGAUGAGGGGAAUUCUCCUGAAACUCUAGAUUUUAUGAUUUCUUAUUUGGAAUUUAUCAUUUUACUUUUUGGAACAAUUUUCCAGUUUUUAAUCAUUAGACAAGACUAUUCUCCUUCUUCAGAGUCAAUAUUCAGAGUUUUGCAGUAUAUAAAUCAUAGGCAUCUUGGAGCCAAUGGGAUGGUAAAUCAUGGCUCAGAUUACUUAAGAGAAUCACUCAGAUCUUUGGAACAAAGCCUGUUGUCCGAAAGUCCUUGUAACCAGACGACUAGUGAAGUAGUUAUUGGAUUGUUCUUUCUGAGUCAGCUCAAUCCUUUGUGCUUAUUAUUGCUUGCAUUAGAAGUAACAAAGCUUUCUGGAUCUAGUGAUAUUGAUACCUUAGAGUAUCAUCAAUUUUUAUUGAAUGUUACUCGUUCGAAUGCAUGUGUACAGGAAUUUAUUAUUCCGUUGGUUUUGGAACCGAUUAUGAUCAGGCUUAUUACUGUAUUAGUAUCUAACUCUGAUAAUAUUGGCCCAAAUUACAGCAAAUAUAAGGUUUCCAAGCUUAUGGAAUCCAAGAACCUUCAAGCUUUAAAUUGGGAACAGAGUUUGGCUAACAUUUUUUCGAUUGGUAAUUUUAUUUAUGUACAAAAUGUAUUUAUUUCCUUUUCUCCAAUAAGAUUUUUAAGCUCUCAGCUUACAUUUUUUAAAGUACUAGGCCUUUUCAGAGUUUAUCACGACUCUGUGGAAAGGCUUUGGGAGUGUGUUAAGCUAUUAGAACAAGAAGCUUUUCAGAAUGAAAAUCUUCAAUUUGGAGUUGGUAACUCCGGUAAACAGAGAGAACCUUUGCAGAGCCCUGUCAUUUCUCCUGGAAACAGUUUACUUUCAUCCCCUUUCAACAAAUAUGUAUCCCCUGCAUCCAAUACUCAACGAAGAAGUUCUCUUCAGAUCCUAAACAUAGAUAGGCAGAUUGAAGGGGCAAACCAAAGUAUUUCUCAGGUGAUCUCAAAGAUUGAAAUAGUGCUGCAGAAUUGGCUUGUUUUUGGUCCAAAUUUUCACUCUUCACUUUUAGAAAAUUUCGGAGACAAAGAAUCUCAAGAAAUAAGUAAAACUGAAACUUUUAGUUUAUCAGGAUUUCUUCCUGAGUACUGCUCGUUUGAUAAAAGUAACUUUGGACUGGAGACUUUUUCUGUCCAACACUGUAAUAAUAAGGAACUUUUAAAGAGGUCUAGAUUCAUUAAUAUUCAGAAACUAUUCGACCAGCUGAUUCUCACAAUAAUUUUUCACCGUGAUAUUGAACUAUUCUCCACUAAGAAAGCACCUCUUUUCCCCAGAAGAUCUAUUGACUCCACUAAGGGUCAACAACAAUAUGAACUCAAAUCUGUAUCUUUCUUAAAUAACAUUCUGGGGGCAAUUGAGCAUAGCAACUGGAUAUUUACGGAUUUUGAAUGA